AUGACAGUUGUUUCUUGUGGGUUCGGUAAAUCUGACGUUAACGGGACUUCUGACAACGGAGUAUCUUUCGGCCUGAACUGCAACAACAAAAGGACCAAUUCAUUAAUCACACUUCCAGUCAUCGAUACAAACUAUUAUGGAAAUCAAUUUAUUUACCAAAAUAUAGACUUAGAAGCGUAUCAAAACCUAGAAUUAUCAAAUCUUCAAAAACUUAACGAUUUAGGUUACACAAAUCAGGAUCAACUCUCAGGAUUAAAUAGUGAAAAUAUGUUGUCUUUAGGUUUUAACAAAGGAUUUAACUUUUUGUCAAAAAAGAUGACGGAAAAUAACAUGAACGAAGAAGAAGCAAAGCCUGACAAUUUGGAAGAGGCACAAGUAUCAGAAAAUGAAGAGGCUUUUAAUGAAUCAUAUCCUAGCAUAAAGGCCGAUGAACACGAAACUUCUUCAAACAUCGACGACAUUUUCCGGAAUGUGUCAAUAGAUAACGUCAAAACUAGACCAGUUUGCAACAUAUUUGGUAAUUGCCUCAAUAAUAAAAAAAACUCAUACCAGGCUUCAAUGAACUACGAAAUGUUCAGACUGACAGGCGCUUUGAGUUCUUUCUUUGAUCCUCCGGAAUUUGUUGAUUCGGAUACAGUAGUUGAUGAGAAUCUGAAGAGAAACUUUUUUUCGAAAUUUUUCGGAGUUUUUAAACCCAAGCUUGAAAAUGACUUGACAAAUAACUUCAAUAGUCAACAUUUAAGCUCAAUUUUAUCGCAAAGUUCAUUGAUCCCAGAUGAUGUUGGUUGUUUUAGUACCUGCAACAAGAAGCUUAGGAAAUACGUUGAUCUCGACAAACUAGGCACUUUUGCUACAUCCACUUCUUUAGGUCUUAAGAAUCUUUAUCACAGUUUUCCAUCAUUUAACCAAAACACGUUUACUUCGACCAAGAGCUUUGAGUCCCUUCCUUCUAACGCUUCAAACGAACCCAAUAAUUUCUCCGUGUCGGACAACGUGAAAGAGAAAUCUUUUUUCAAUCUGGGAACAUUCAGAAGAAAUGAGGAUAAGAAGUUGAAGCCCAAGUACAAGAAUCUAAGACCAAACACUUUUAGGCUUCAUGCAGUUGAAAUCCACCAGUAUGUUCCGCUUCCCAACCUUCCUACCUCUAGGUUUGUGGAUCAGAAAAUGAGGACGGAGCAGUUUAAAUCCGAUGCCAAUUCUUAUUUCGCCAAUUGUUUCUUUAAUCCCAACUCCACUGGUCCCGUUGCUCCCAUGAUGAACAACAUUAUGAACGGAGUUAACAAUUACCCUGAUCUUUAUUCGAUGAAUUCAAAAUUCCAAAGACUGAACACUCAGGAUUUAAGCGUAUGCGUUAUGCCUCAUGAAUCUUCCAAUGGCUUUAACCAACAAAACCCGUUGAGACUUGUUGAAUAA